AUCGGAGAAGUGUGGCUCAGUUUCUGCUUAUAAAUAACUCACCAACUCGACCAAGCUCCCCCAGCUUCAGCAGCUCUCUGAAGGAGGAAGAAGGGUUGAAGUUCGAAUCCCUCUUCGAAUCUCUGCUCUGCUUUUCUUCGUUCGCUUUCUUCUUCUUUCUCGAUUUUGUUGCGUGAAGCGUUGGAAAUGGCGGGGACUGGAGUGUUCGCAGAGAUCUUUGACGGUGAUGUUUACAAGUACUACUCGGAGGGAGAAUGGAAGGUGUCUUCUUCUGGGAAGUCCGUGGCGAUCAUCAAUCCUACCACCAGAAAGACGCAGUACAAGGUCCAAGCUUGUACUCAGGCCGAGGUCAACAAGAUCAUGGAAACGGCGAAAGCCGCCCAGAAGGCGUGGGCCAAGACUCCGCUGUGGAAGAGGGCAGAGCUGCUUCACAAGGCCGCAGCAAUCCUGAAGGAGCACAAGGGCCCCAUUGCCGAGUGCCUCGUCAAGGAGAUCGCAAAGCCAGCGAAGGACGCUGUCACUGAGGUUGUGAGGUCUGGAGAUUUGGUGUCUUACACAGCAGAAGAAGGUGUGAGAAUUCUGGGGGAGGGGAAGUUCCUUGUGUCUGAUAGCUUUCCUGGGAAUGAGAGGACCAAAUACUGCCUCACCUCUAAGAUUCCACUUGGGGUUGUAUUAGCAAUCCCACCUUUCAACUAUCCUGUUAACUUGGCAGUCUCAAAAAUUGCUCCUGCCCUGAUUGCUGGAAACUCUCUGGUUCUCAAGCCUCCAACUCAGGGUGCUGUUGCGGCUCUCCAUAUGGUUCAUUGUUUUCACUUGGCAGGUUUCCCCAAAGGUCUUAUCAGUUGUGUUACUGGGAAAGGUUCUGAGAUUGGUGACUUUCUCACAAUGCAUCCUGGGGUGAAUUGUAUAAGCUUCACUGGUGGAGACACUGGAAUAGCAAUAUCAAAGAAAGCGGGCAUGGUUCCUCUUCAGAUGGAACUGGGGGGAAAAGAUGCAUGCAUUGUGCUUGAAGAUGCUGAUUUGGAUUUAGUUGCAGCAAACAUCAUAAAAGGAGGCUUCUCUUACAGUGGCCAAAGAUGCACAGCUGUCAAGGUUGUCUUGGUGAUGGAGUCAGUAGCUGAUGCUCUUGUCAACAAAGUCAAAGCAAGAGUAGCAAAACUGACUGUUGGAGCACCAGAGGAUGACUGUGAUAUUACACCAGUUGUCUCAGAAUCAUCUGCGAACUUCAUUGAAGGGUUGGUAAUGGAUGCCAAGCAGAAAGGAGCAACAUUUUGCCAAGAGUACAGGAGAGAAGGAAAUCUCAUCUGGCCCCUCUUGUUAGAUCAUGUCCGACCUGAUAUGAGGAUUGCAUGGGAGGAACCAUUUGGUCCUGUUUUGCCAGUCAUAAGGAUAAACUCUGUCGAGGAAGGAAUUCACCAUUGCAAUGCUAGCAAUUUUGGAUUGCAGGGUUGUGUCUUCACAAGAGAUAUCAAUAAGGCAGUUUUGAUUAGUGAUGCAAUGGAGACGGGAACAGUUCAAAUCAAUUCAGCCCCAGCUCGUGGGCCAGAUCAUUUUCCUUUCCAGGGUCUAAGAGAUAGUGGAAUUGGGUCACAAGGAGUCACAAACAGUAUUAACUUGAUGACCAAGGUCAAGAGCACAGUCAUCAACCUUCCAUCCCCUUCAUACACCAUGGGUUAAUAGGUUUUAUUAGAGAUCACCACUUCUAUUGUAGUUAAGUCCUUGAUGGGCAUCCUUUUCAUUGUUUUUUCUCUCUCCUUUUUCUUUUAUUGAUAUUAAGAGGAUUAAUGGAGAACCGCGUGGCUGCCUGGUUAGAAUCAUGGAGUAGCUAGUAGUUCUGAUAAUCUAUAUGUACGAGAAAUGAUUUUUCCAACUUUCUCAUCUCAGGCCAAACUUCUAGUUUUGGAAGUUUUGAGCAGUCUAAGAUGUAUCUGUUCUACUGCAUAAGGAGAAUAUAAUAUGGAAUGAUGAAUAUAAGCUAUUUUAAUUGAUCUAUGGUUUAUAUCA